AUGAGACUGUCUACCUCUGCCCUUGCCUUGGGCGCAGCUACCGCCGUUGCUGGCCUGGACCAGCAGCACGUCCUCGGUGGCGACAGCUACGAGUCCAUCAAGGUCGCCGGCGAGUCCUGGAUGAAUGUCUUUGAGGAGAAGUUCCACGACAUCACCUCCGAGGCCAAGGCCGUUUGGGACGAGAUCACUCUUCUCGCCCCUGAGGCCGUCGAGGCCUUCAAGAAGACGGCCAAACUGUCCCAGCCCAAGCCCCAUGUCCGCAAGCCUGAUUCGGCAUGGGACCAUGUUGUCAAGGGCGCCGAAAUCCACGACCUGUGGGGUCGAGAAGGAGGCCGGCGAGAAGCACCGCCAGUACAGCGGCCACCUCGAGAACUACAACCUCCGCGCCAAGAAGGCGACCCUUCCAAGCUCGGCAUCGACAAGGUCAAGCUAUACAGCGGCUACCUCGAUGACGAAGAGAAUGACAAGCACCUUGUUCUACUGUGCUUCGAGUUCCUGCAAUGA